AGGCCAUUAUGUUUUACGCUGGUUUUUCAUCCUAGACAGUAAGGGGAUUCAGUUCGACUUGGUUCGACUCCAGUAGUGCCCCAUAAAGACACGAGCUUAUAGUUUUAUCAUUUUUUUUUUAAAUUCACAUUAUUUAGUUCAACCCUUAUUUAUUCAACAAUUUUUUUUUUUGAUUCAGUGCGUGCUUAUUGUUUAUUUAUUCUGUUUUCAUUUAAAAAAAAAAAUAAAUAAAUAAAACGGAAUUUACCAUUCUAUAAGCACAAGACUUGGGUGCAAGGGACGAUUUUGAAAUGAAGACAGAACAACAAAGUAGAAAAGCGCCACCGGGUUCUUUGACCCUAGGCGUUUCAUUUCUAACACAUUUACUAUUAAUUCUACCAAUUAUCUAUAUAUUGGUCAUUGCUUUUCAUCGACCUGAACAAUUAUUCACAUGGCAUCCAAUUUGUAUGUCAUUGGGGGCACUCUUGAUAAUUGAAGCAGUCUUCAGCAUAUCAGGCGAAGUUCUAUUGGCCCAUAAAUUAUCACGUGCUCAACGAAUAACAAUACAUUGGAUAAUGUUGACAAUUGGAUUAUGUUUAAUUUUAUGUGGUCUUAUUAUUGCGAUUGUCAAUAAAAAUAAUAAAAAUAAAGAACAUUUUGUCUCGUUUCAUGCAAUUUUGGGAUUAACGACAAUUGUUCUUGCAUCAUUGGUGGCAAUAUUUGGAAUUAUUGCAAAUAAUACAAGAUGGCUAUAUCCACGUGUUAGACCAGUUUUAAUUAAAGUACUACAUGCUUAUGGUGGUAUUGUAAUGACAAUUUUAUUUAUUGCAAGUUUAAUUGCCGGCGCCUAUACACAUUGGUUGGAACAUCAAAAUAUUGGUGAUCAUGAAGUUGGACAAAAACUUGUUUUUGCCUCAUUAUUUAUUGCUGGGGUAUUGGUAUUGUUUAAACCAAUUUUAGGAGCAAUUUCAAGGACAAUUGUUCUUACUAAAACACCCCAACAACCAAGUACGUGACCUUGUUGUCUUUUUUUUUUAAAUGAAAGAUCAUGAGUGUUACAUUCUAUUUUGUCCAAAGAAAAAAAAAUUUUUUUUUUUCAAUUUUUGUUAUGGUGAAAAUUUUUUGAGAAUUAUGUUUUUUUUUGAAAUCUUCUUUUUUAAUUACUAUAAAAAAAUGAAACAAAUAGAAACAUAGCUAUCGGAAAAUUUUCAUCAGAUUUUCAAAGUCUCAAACACAGUGUAACGCCUUCACUUGAAAUCGAGACACGUAUGUAUAUCUAUUUUCGUACUUUGUUUUAUGAAUGUGGCACGUAUCAAGAAUUAUGUGAUUUCAACAAAACAAGGAAAUUUUUUUUGUUUUUUGUUCAAAUAAUACGUGAAACAAGAUUUUAAGUUUUAUAAUUGAUUAUUCGAGGAAAACAAUUUUUAUUUAAUAUAAUUUGAAUUUAGUUUGCUUUUUCAUGAAAAAAAAAGGAAUAAUUAUUGUUACAACGAAAAACUCCGUCCAUAGAUUGAUAUAUACGACUCGAUUGACCAAAGAAGAGAUUAUUUAUUUUGUUUUUUUUUUUUAUUUAUUUAAAUCAAGUGACGCCGUUACAUUAGCGAGAAUUAUUUCACUGCGUCUAUUUUUAAAUAUAUAAAUAUAUUUUUAUAAAAAAAAAAAAAAUUUGCAGAAUUAUAAACGUUAAUUUUUUUUUUUAAAUAACAAUUUUAGAUUUUAAUAAAAGGAUUUUUUUUUAUUUUUGAAACCGGGGACAGACAAUAAUAAUAAUUAUAUUUAUAUUUUAUUGCGUAAAUUUGAAAUUUUUUUAUUUCUACGGCAUCUUUAUGACGGUAUAGUAAAUUUUACUAUCCACAACUGUAAUGAAUUAUUGUACUAUACGACAGUAUGAUAAAUUUUACUAUACAAAACUGAAAUAAAUUUUAUUUUAGAACAGUAUAGUAAAAUUUACCACAAACGUAAUGUAAUUGUUACUAUAUUUAGUUAUGAAGUCUUUACACGACGGUAUAGUAAACUUUACCACAAAUUUAACGUUCACAGUAUAGCAAAUUUUACUAUACAAAACUAUAAUAAAUUGAAUUAUACGACAGUACGGUAAAAUUUACUAUGAAAAACUAUAAUAAAUUUUACUAUACGACAGUAUGGUAAAUUUUACUAUGAAAAACCAUAAUAAAUUUUACUAUACGACAGUAUGGUAAAUUUUACUAUGAAAAACUAUAAUAAAUUUUACUAUACGACAGUAUGGUAAAUUUUACUAUGAAAAACUAUAAUAAAUUUUACUAUACGACAGUAUGGUAAAUUUUACUAUGAAAAACUGUAAUAAAUUUUACUAUACGACAGUAUGGUAAAUUUUACUAUGAAAAACUAUAAUAAAUUGUACAGUAUAGUAAAUUUUACUAUACAAAACUGUAAUAAAUUUUACUAUACGACAGUAUGGUAAAAUUUACCAUAAACGUAAAUUAAUUAUUCAGUUGUAAGGCCUUUAAACGACGGUAUAGUAAAUUUUACCAUAAUGAGUAAAAUUUUUACCAUUUAAAAGUUGAACUUACCGAAUUUUUUUCUAAAACAUAAAAAGAGCAUAAUAUUAAUAAUAAAUAUAAUUUUAAAUGUACUACGUGAAGCAGAAAAAAAUAUAAAUAAAACUCAAAAGUCUGAUUUUUAUAAACUGUACAAGCUCUACAAAUGUGUAUUCGUAAGCUCAUGCAUUUCUUGUUUUUUUUUAUAACCAAUGGAUACUUAAAACCGAGUUUAGUUUAUAAAUUUACUUUAAACUCAGUUUAAAGUAAUAUUAUCUAGAUAAUAUUUUAUCUAUAAAUAUGUUCUACAAUUUUUUUGAUACAAUGGAUUUUUAAAAAAUUUUUUAAAUUUUUUUUUUGAAUUUUUUUUUUUGUUUUUAAGAAAAAUGUGCAACAUAUCGUCAACCAUAUAUCAACACUUUAUUAUAAUUACACACGCAUCGUAUACAUAUACACAGAAUAUAAUGUAUAUAUAUAUAUAUAUAUAAUAUAUCUUUCGUAAUACAAUGUACAUGUAUAAUAAUACAA